CCCAACUAAUUCAGUCGUUGCGCUGGACGUGAACAGACGUGCGUGUCGGAACAGGAAAAAGCAAAACCAAAUCCAAAUCCGAAACCAAACCAAAACCAAACAUACGAAAGCGAAUCUGAAGCAAAGUGCUCAAGUGACAAGUGUCUUGUGUGUGUUUAGAGUCCGAGCUAGAGACCUCAGAUGGCAUUGGAGGAUCGCUGCAGUCCACAGUCAGCGCCCAGUCCCGUUACGAUCUCCGCUCACCAAAUGCAGCAAAUGCACCAGCAACACCAGCAGCAGCAGCAACAGCAGCAACAAAUGCAGCACCUACACCAACUACAGCAGCUGCAGCAGUUGCAUCAACAGCAACUGGCCGCCGGCGUGUUCCACCAUCCGGCGGUGGCCUUUGAUGCGGCAGCUGCAGCAGCCGCAGCCGCAGCAGCAGCCGCUGCAGCGGCCCACGCCGCCCAUGCCCAUGCGGCACUGCAGCAGCGGCUCAGUGGGAGCGGCUCGCCAGCCUCCUGCUCCACCACGCCGCUGACCAUUAAGGAGGAGGAGAGCGACUCCGUCAUUGGCGAUCUGAGUUUCCACAACCAGACGCACACCACCAACGAGGAGGACGAGGCCGAGGAGGAGGAUGACAUCGAUGUGGAUGUGGAUGAUACGGCGGGACGCCUGCCGCCGCCCGCCCACCAGCAACAGUCCACGGCCAAGCCCUCGCUGGCCUUCUCCAUCUCCAACAUCCUCAGCGAUCGCUUCGGCGAUGGCCAGAAGACAUCACCCGGCAAGCAGGAGAACCAGGCCGGCAUCUUCCGGCCCUUCGAGCCGGCAAGUCGCUCCCAGACAGCCACGCCCUCUGCCUUCACCCGAGUGGAUCUCCUCGAAUUCAGCCGGCAGCAGCAGGCAGCCGCCGCAGCAGCCACAGCAGCCAUGAUGCUGGAGCGGGCCAACUUCCUCAACUGCUUCAAUCCCGCCGCCUAUCCCCGGAUUCAUGAGGAGAUCGUCCAGAGUCGCCUGCGCCGGAAUGCAGCCAACUCUGUGAUCCCGCCUCCCAUGGGCUCCAAGAUGAGCGACAGUAAUCCGGAAAAGUCUGCCCUGGGAUCGCUGUGCAAGGCCGUCUCUCAGAUUGGACAACCUGCGGCUCCGACCAUGACACAGGUGCCGCUGAGCAGCAGUGCCAGCAGCCUGGCCAGUCCGCCGCCUGCCUCGAAUGCCUCUACGAUCAGCAGCACCUCCUCCACGGCCACCAGUUCGAGCUCAUCCUCGUCGUCGGGUUGCUCCUCGGCGGCCAGCUCGCUGAACUCCUCGCCCAGCAGCCGCCUAGGAGUAAAUGGAUCCGCAGCCAAUGCCAGUAGCCCGCAGCCCCAACCCAUUCCUCCACCAUCGGCGGUGAGCAGGGAUUCCGGCAUGGAGUCCUCGGAUGACACACGCUCGGAGACGGGCUCUACCACCACGGAGGGCGGCAAGAACGAGAUGUGGCCCGCCUGGGUGUACUGCACCCGCUACAGCGAUCGUCCCAGCUCAGGACCCCGCUACCGCCGCCCCAAACAGCCAAAGGAUAAGACCAACGAUGAGAAGCGACCCAGAACCGCCUUCUCCAGCGAACAGUUGGCCCGCCUCAAGCGGGAGUUCAACGAGAAUCGCUAUCUAACCGAGCGCCGUCGCCAGCAGCUAAGCUCUGAAUUGGGCCUGAAUGAGGCUCAGAUCAAGAUCUGGUUCCAGAACAAGCGGGCCAAGAUCAAGAAAUCCACGGGCUCCAAGAAUCCCCUGGCCCUGCAGCUGAUGGCCCAGGGGCUGUACAAUCACACCACCGUGCCGCUGACCAAGGAGGAGGAGGAGCUGGAGAUGCGGAUGAAUGGCCAGAUACCCUAAGCAGAGGGAGGCUAACGAGAUCUCCAGGGAUCUCCAGGGGCGUGCAAUAAAAAUCGAUAGGGGGCGGCGUACAAAAUGGUUUUUCAUGUGAUAUAAUUGUAGCGCAUAUUGUACAUAUAUAAACAUUAAUAAUUAUUAUUAAUUUUAAGUAAACGUAGCGAGUUGUUGGCGUAUUUAUUUAGAGAGUAUUAUUAACCAACUUCUAGGCUUGUUGCACUCUAAAAAAAAAACAGCUUCGUCGACUUUCUCACAUUUAUUAUUCCUACACUACAAAAAUCUAUAUAUCUAUAGACAUAAUGCUUUGUAAAUUAAGUAACUUAACAACAGUUUCCUCUAGCCUAAAAUAUAGUUUAAGUUUAAAGCUAUGAAAGAGUAUUUUUAGUUUGUAAGCUGAGAGGAGAAAGAAAUGCACCUAAGACAGAAUUAAUAACAAAGAUGUUCUUGUGAAAACCAUGUGCUAAAGCAAAAAGUUCAACAUAAAUGAAAAGAAAACAAAAAGAACUAAGAAAAAAACACGAAG